AUGAUCCUUCUUCUUCACGUUCAUGUGCAGGACAAGGGUUGCGUGCCGUACAAGUUUCCGGUGGCGAUCACCGUGAUUCACAUGAUCUUUUCCUGGAUGCUGUGCCGUUUCUACAUUUUCCAUGUGCGAGGUGAUGAGAAGGCUGUCUUAAGCUGUCAGCAGCAGCUUCAAGAGAUCAUGCCCCUAUCAAUCUGCUUCGCGCUGUCAGUGGCCAUGGGAAAUCUGUCCUUGAAAUACAUUUAUCCGUCUUUCAAUCAGAUGCUUGGCUCCAUGUCUCCGCUCAUCACGGUGUUGUUGGCCGUGUUCUUCCAGCAGAAGCGCUUCUCAAUGAAGACCUGGCUUUCGAUGCCGGUGAUCUGUAUGGGUUUGGCCAUGUGCAGUGUAAAGGAGUUGAACUUCAACGUUCUUGGCGCGUUCUAUGCCACGGGCGCCACGGUCUUGCGUGCCGUGAAGAGUUUGAUCCAAGGGAGGCCGCAAAGCGUCGCCGCGGAGCGUCGCCGCGGAGCGUCGCCGCGGAAGAAGUGGAGGGGAGGGGCGCUCCAUGUGCCGGAGUAUUAUAUGGCGCCGAUCUCUGCCAUUUGGCUCUUUCUGCUCAUGCUCUUGAUGGAGGCCGCUGCAAUGGCGGAAGCAAAGUGGCUUCGAUGUUGGUGGGGGGGGCAACUAAGGGUGGGCACGUCCGUGACGGGCAUUGGCACUGUGAUGUAUUUGCUGGUGCUCUCAGGUCUGAAUGCAUGUCUACUGAACAUUGCCAACUUUCUCGUCACCUCCUACACGAGCCCCGUCACGUUACAGGUCCUCGGCAACGUGAAGAGCUGUUUGUCCAUCGCUGUGUCUGUGGCCAUCUUCAGGAACAGCCUGACAUUUGAACAAGCCGUUGGUGUCGGCACAUGCCUGGUGGGCGUUUGGCUAUACAACCAGAAAGAGCCCAAGGCGCGGAAGGUGCAUUUUUGUCUGUUGCGGGGCGGGGGGUAG